CAGAAAUGAUAGCCUAAAUAUCGCCUAGGCUCCAAAUGAACAGAAAAAGGGGUACUGAGAGUUGAAACUGCAUGAUUGGCGACUUACUGGAUAAGAGAUUCUUUGUCAUGGAGUCAGCACUCCUGAAAACAAUACAAGUCCUUGAUGCCGGGUGGACGAGAAGCAGAAACUUCUGAUGGUGUCAGGAACAAGUGCAAGAUCUGAAGAGGAAUAAGAUUGGGAAGAAAAGUCCUGGCUUGACAGGAACGUCCACCUUUUCUGGAAAGGCAGUUUACAACAAGCCCUGCAAACUAAAAUGAGCAUUUUGAAGUCAGCCAGCCGAGAUGAGUUUACAGGACCAGAUCAGCUUUCUAGACCUUAACCUGACUGCAGUUUGGAAUAAUCUAACAGAACCCACUGUGAAGAGCAAGUCCAAGACGUGUGAACAAGUGGUCAUAGCAGCUGAGGUGUUCCUUGCCUUGGGCAUUGUCAGCCUCCUUGAAAACAUUCUGGUCAUCUGUGCCAUUGUGAAGAACAAGAACUUGCACUCUCCUAUGUACCUCUUUGUGUGCAGCUUGGCUGUCGCUGACAUGCUUGUCAGUGUGUCUAAUGCCUGGGAGACCAUAACUAUAUAUUUAUUAAACAAUAAGCACCUCAUUAUCGAGGAUGUUUUUGUACGUCACAUCGACAAUGUUUUUGAUUCCAUGAUAUGCAUCUCUGUUGUGGCUUCCAUGUGCAGUUUGCUAGCUAUAGCAGUAGACAGGUAUGUCACUAUCUUCUACGCCCUCCGUUAUCACAAUAUAAUGACUGUGAAAAGGUCAGGGCUCAUAAUUGCAUGCAUUUGGACCUUUUGCACUGGUUGUGGGAUCAUCUUUAUCCUUUAUUAUGAAUCAAAAUAUGUGAUAAUUUGUCUCAUCACAAUGUUCUUCAUCAUGCUAUUCCUUAUGGUCUCCUUGUACAUUCAUAUGUUUCUUUUAGCACGUACUCAUGUCAAGAGGAUAGCAGCUUUACCAGGAUACAAUUCUGUUCAUCAGAGGACCAGUAUGAAAGGAGCCAUCACCCUGACAAUGCUACUGGGUAUCUUCAUUGUAUGCUGGGCUCCAUUUUUCCUCCAUCUCAUCCUGAUGAUUUCCUGCCCACAGAACCUCUAUUGUAUUUGCUUUAUGUCUCAUUUCAACAUGUACCUCAUCCUCAUCAUGUGUAAUUCAGUGAUUGAUCCCUUGAUCUAUGCUUUCCGAAGCCAGGAAAUGCGAAAGACUUUUAAGGAGAUCAUCUGCUGCUACAGCAUAAGAUUGGCCUGUGGAUUGCCUGGCAAGUAUUAGGAAAACUGUGUAGUUUGGCCAAAAAAAAUGUGAGAAAUCACAAUUGUUCUACUAACAAAAUUGUUCUUGUUUUGUUUCAAUGGGACGUACUACAUUUUUGGCUUGUGACAAUUUUAGUGUGGGAAAACAGCAGAUUCUCUAGUUUAAAUUGCUAAUUUUGAACUGUGUUCUCAUCCAUCAGCUCCCAUGAAUUUGUAAGACAUGCUGCAUUUGUAAGACAUGCUGUAAACAAGUGUACAGAAGUGCAUUUACAACAAGUUAUAAUAAAUAACUUGGUUUCCAGUUCAGAGAGUUUCCUUCAUGGAAUCCCAAGAGUGGCAUAAUUAACACUUUAUGAAAAUUAUAAUUUGUAAAUGUCAGUUUGCACUAACCUGAACCUCCAUGAGGAUCAGCAAAAAAUGUCUAUUUAUAUGCUUACAUCAGGGUGUGUGUGUGAUAGUAGUCACUGGUACUCAGUACUAGCAUCUUUUUUUUUGGAGCUCUCCCAAAUCCUGAGCCUCAUGCUGCUGCCCCACUCAACCAGAGAAAGAGAAAGUGGAGACUCAGGAAAAGCUUUGUGAGGAUCUGCAGAGAGAAUUGGAGCAAUCUUAUAUAGCAGUACUAGCGCUUAAAAAAAACAAAAACAAAAAAUCACUGACUCUCCAUGUGAAGGCAAACCACCUCCAAACAUCUUUUGUCAUGAAAUUACUGGGUUGCUGCAAGUCAGUUGUGAAUGGAUGGCACUUCCCACCACCAUAGCACACGCACAGUUCUUUCACCACGAACCCUCAAAAAUACAGUUGAAUACAGUUUUCCUAGGAGAAGUAUACAUUCUGUAAUUCUAGUGUUGAUCUUAUUCUGCUUGUUGUUUGUCUAUGAAAGCAUGAUGAGGAUAGUGACAGAUGUGUCUAAAGCCUCUGGGGGGGAUAGGUUAAGACAGAUACUGCAGAUAAUGAAAACUAGAAACUAGGGACAACUGGUGUUUCUUCAUAAUACAUUUUUGUUUGUAAGAGGGGAAUAGUCAUGGCAGGCUUUAGAAAUAUACUGCCUUCUAGGAAAUGUAAUAGAUCUGAAAUAUAUCCAUUUAUACAUGUGAUGUGCUCACUGAUAUAUAAAGUGCAAAUAGUACAGAACUAUUUCCUCACAAGUGCUGAUUAUUUGAUUUUUUUCUACACUUUAAAUGUAAUGUAAAUGUAAUGUAAAUACACCUAUUUUCAAAAGUGUAAGCAUAUUUUAGGGCUAGAUCUAAAAUGUACGAAACCACCCGGUAGGUCUUUGACUUUGGUGCUUGGUGUACUUGAAAUAUGUGUUAUGCUGGGGCUUCAACUUUUGUUCCUUAUCUCCAAAACUUUGAGUUAAAAAUAACGAUGGAGAUUUAGAUUUGACUAACCUAUUUGUUUUUAAAUGUGCAUAGAUUAAUCAGUGUGGGGAGACAAAUAGUAUGCCUUCCAUAAAUAUGAACACGUACCAAGUGAUGGAGUGAAAAACACCCUAUGACAGUUUAUUUUUAGUUCAUCAGAUGUCUGUGACUCUAUAGCAUCAAACAAAUGAGAAUGUUUUUACUCAUUUUUAAUGGAUGUGUUUGGGGAGUGUAAUGUAUUGUGUACUGAUUCCUGAGACAUAACAGGGAGAAUAAAUACAUGUAUAUGAGAGAGGGAAUUGUUUCAUAUUACAAGUUCCAUCCCUAACCUACAUGUAUACAAUAGAAAGUGUGCAUAUACAAGUAUGUGUGCAUAGAAGGAUAGUCUAAUCUGGAUUUUAAAAUUCCUGAAGUUUUGGAGAUGAAGCCUAGAAAAGGUGAGAUGAGGAGAGGGACCUCAUCAGGGUAUGCUGCCAUAGAAUCCAUACUCCAAAACAGCCAUUUCCUCUGGAGGAACUGAUCUCUGAUCAGUUGCAAUUCUGGGAGAUAUUGAGGUUACACCUGGUGCAUAAUAUUCUUUCCUUCUGUCCAGAACCAUGCUCUGGAGAGAUGCAUUUGCCACAUGCACUUGUACAUCCAUAUUUUUACAUACACUGUCCAGUGAGAAUGAGUAGAUCAGGUUAAACCUUUUUGUCUUAAUCAUAUUUUCACUCCACGUUAAUGGUACUUGAAAAUGUCUUCUGAAAAGCCCUUUUUAUCCUUGUUAUAGCCAUUUAAGAUAGGGCAAUGUUUUCAUGAGAACAUAAAAAGUUCUUGAUGGAUUAGAUGGGGUCCAUCUAAUACAGCAUCCUGUCUCACACAGUGGCAAGCCAGUUGUCCUGAAGGACCAACAAAUGAAACUCCUUCUGACAGUUCUAACAAGCACUAGUAUUCAGAGGUUUGUUGGACCAGAGGGACUAUUGGUGGCCUCUGAAGGACCUCUCUUCCAUUAAUCUCUCUAACCUGUUUUUAAAGCAAUCUAUGCUUGAGGCCAUCACUAUCUUCCUGGCAGCAAUUUUCACAUCUGUAACUUGUCCAAGACAGUACAAUGGACCUAUAAUUGAGACAGAAUUUGAACCAUAGUGUUUUCUAAUGUUCAGGCUGAAUACAUUGUUCAUGGAGUAUUUCACUGAAAUAAUCAUUUCAACUAGGAUUUUUGAGUGACCUGUUUAUUAAAGGUAACACUGUUUUUAAACCUGUAGUGAAUAGACUUUCACAGAUAUUUUGUUCCAUGGUGAAUUUCAUUUUGACAUUAAGAAAGGGGAAUUCACAGCAUUUGUAAUAAUAUUGUGAAAUGCAUCUGACACUGAUUUAUCUAUUAGAAACCAUGCCAUUUCAAGAUAUAAAUGAUACUGGAAACUGGAAACUGAUACAUAAGAAAUUUAAGCUACAUAAUCUUUAAAACUGUUGAAUUGUGGAAGACCUUCUCUUGUUCUUGAGUUCUACUUGAAAUAAAAAUGCAGGAAUUUCAGAUAAUUAUGAAAUUGA